AUGAAGCUUGGAGGAGUCGCAGAAAAGCGGCGUUACUGUGAUCCGUGUGCCAAGCGAACGGAUGGCAGCGCGGACUUCUACCGCGAAUGGGAGGACUACGAAAAGGGAUUUGGCCUAGCUGAUGGUGAAUACUUUGUGGGAUUGGGCAGGUUGCAUGCAUUGACCUCUUCGGUUCGUCAGGAACUUCUGAUCCUUAUGGAGGAUUAUGAAGGAGAGCAGCGCUACGAAUUGUACAAUAAUUUCAGGGUCGGUGGUAAGGCCAAGAACUACACUCUAGAAUCGGUGGGAUCUUUCUCGGGCACCGCCGGCGACUCAUUGACAUAUCACAAGGGAAUGCAAUUUUCCACAAAGGAUCGCGAUAAUGACAUUCACGAAACCAUUCACUGUGCUCAACAUUUUAAAGGUGCAUGGUGGUAUCGUUAUUGUCAACUUAG